UGCCGCUAUAAAUUCAUUGUUCCACCUCCUCGCAUCUUCACAGCGCUCGCGCUGCUCUCUGCGCUCGCAGCGGCCGACUGGGGAUGACCGCGGGCAGGAGGACACCGCAGCCGAAGGAAAACAGCCGCGCCGCCUCUCCGGCUCGCCGCAGGCCGCCCCCUGCCUUUUUGUCUUAAAUUUUACGGCUUUUUUCCCUCUCUUUCUUCCCUUCCUCCUGGUUCCAGCAGAGUCAAGGAAACCCACAAAAUAAGAAAGGAAGUGGGUGCCGGAGCUUGGAACCCCCGCCGCCGGCCGGUCCCGAGGAGUGGAAGGGGCAGGAGGCAGUGCGCACCAGUUGCCGGCCGGGUGCGCGCCACCUUCCUGACUUUUCUUGGUAGAGCUGUAUUUGGGGUCGAGUUGGGGGUUUUCCUCCUUUCUCCUAUUUGCUGAAUCUCCACUACCCGGCUUUUUUUUUUUUUCCCCCUACUUUUUCCCCCCUCUUGCUGGGGCAGGAAUCCAAACAUUUUCCCAACCGACAAAGAAAAGUUCGCACGCUGACACCGCGGCCCGGAAAGGCUGGCGCUGCUGCCAGGGCCCCCCCCUCCCUCCGACACUUGACUCAACCUUGCAAGCAAGUGUGUGUGUUUCCUCCCCUCCCGCCCCGGUAACUUCCAUAGCGAAUAACAAAUACCCAUAAAGUCCCGUCGCGCAGCCCCUCCCCGCGGGCAGCGCACUAUGCUGCUCGGGUGGGCGUCCCUGCUGCUGUGCGCGCUCCGCCUGCCCCCGGCCGCGGCCGGCCCCGCAGAGGCACCUGCCCAGGAUAAAGCCCGGCCGCCUCCGGCCGCUGCCACGGCCGCCCAGCCCCGCCGCUGGCGGGGGGAGGAAGCGCAGGAGCGGGCCGGGCCUCCGGGCCACCCGCACCCCCUGGCGCCGCAGCGCGGACUCGUGCAGAACAUUGAUCGGCUCUACUCGGGCGGCGGCAAGGUGGGCUACCUCGUCUACGCUGGCGGCCGGAGGUUCCUCCUGGACCUGGAGCAGGAUGGUUCGGUGGGCGCCUCUGGCCUCAUGCCCACAGGAGGCGGGCCGAGUGCACCUCGGCGCCACCGGGGCCACUGCUUCUACCGGGGCAUGGUGGACGGCAGUCCCCGGUCGCUGGCGGUCUUUGACCUCUGCGGGGGUCUGCACGGCUUCUUCGCGGUCAAGCACGCACGCUACACACUGAAGCCCCUGCUGCGCGGGCCCUGGGCCGAGGAGGAGACAGGGCGCGUGUACGGGGACGGAUCUGCACGGAUCCUGCACGUCUACACCCGCGAGGGCUUCAGCUUCGAGGCCCUGCCGCCGCGCGCUAGUUGCGAGACCCCAGGGUCUCCGCCUAGGUCCCGAGAGCGCCCCCCGGCACAAAACAGUUCGGGCCGGCCAGCCUCGCUUUUUCUGCAGAUCCCGGACGAGUCCGCGCCCUCACCCUCUGGGGACUCAGGACCGCAGACGUGGUGGCGGCGACGGCGCCGCUCCAUCUCCCGGGCCCGCCAGGUGGAGCUGCUCCUGGUAGCGGACACGUCCAUGGCGCGGAUGUAUGGCCGCGGGCUGCAGCAUUACCUGCUGACCCUGGCCUCCAUCGCCAACCGUCUGUACAGCCACGCCAGUAUAGAGAACCACAUCCGCCUGGCCGUGGUGAAGGUGGUGGUACUGAGUGACAAGGACAAGACUCUGGAGGUCAGCAAGAACGCGGCCACCACGCUCAAGAACUUCUGCAAGUGGCAGCAUCAACACAACCAGCUGGGGGACGAUCACGAGGAGCAUUACGACGCGGCCAUUCUGUUUACUCGGGAGGAUUUAUGUGGACAUCAUUCAUGUGACACCCUGGGAAUGGCAGACGUUGGGACCAUCUGUUCUCCAGAGCGCAGCUGUGCUGUGAUUGAAGAUGAUGGUCUACACGCAGCUUUCACCGUGGCGCACGAAAUUGGACAUCUCCUUGGUCUCUCCCAUGACGAUUCCAAAUUCUGUGAAGAGAAAUUUGGUUCCACAGAAGAUAAGCGUUUAAUGUCUUCCAUCUUAACCAGCAUUGAUGCAUCCAAACCCUGGUCCAAGUGCACAUCUGCCACCAUCACGGAAUUCCUGGAUGAUGGCCACGGUAACUGUCUGCUAGACCUACCACGAAAGCAGAUCCUCGGCCCAGAAGAACUUCCAGGACAGACAUACGAUGCCUCGCAGCAGUGUAACCUGACCUUCGGGCCUGAGUACACAGUGUGUCCCGGAAUGGAUGUCUGCGCACGCCUGUGGUGUGCCGUGGUGCGCCAGGGCCAGAUGGUGUGUCUGACCAAGAAGCUACCUGCCGUGGAAGGGACACCGUGUGGGAAGGGGAGGAUCUGCCUGCAGGGCAAGUGUGUGGACAAAACCAAGAAGAAGUAUUAUUAUUCCACUUCAAGCCAUGGCAACUGGGGGUCCUGGGGCCCCUGGGGUCAAUGUUCUCGCUCCUGUGGAGGAGGAGUUCAAUUUGCCCAUCGCCACUGCAAUAACCCUGUGCCCAGAAACAAUGGCCGUUACUGCACAGGGAAGAGGGCUAUCUACCGCUCCUGUAAUGUCGUGCCCUGCCCACCCAAUGGAAAAUCUUUUCGUCACGAGCAGUGUGAGGCCAAAAACGGCUAUCAGUCCGAUGCAAAAGGAGUCAAAGUAUUUGUGGAAUGGGUUCCCAAAUAUGCAGGUGUCCUGCCGGGAGACGUGUGCAAACUGACCUGCAGAGCUAAGGGGACCGGCUAUUACGUGGUAUUUUCUCCAAAGGUGACCGACGGGACCGAGUGUAGGCCAUACAGUAAUUCUGUCUGUGUUCGAGGGAAGUGCGUGCGAACUGGCUGUGACGGCAUCAUUGGCUCCAAGCUACAGUAUGACAAGUGUGGGGUCUGUGGAGGAGACAACUCUAGUUGUACAAAGGUCACUGGGACCUUCAAUAAAAAAAGUAAGGGUUACACAGACGUUGUGAGGAUCCCAGAAGGAGCAACUCACAUAAAAGUUAGACAGUUCAAAGCCAAAGACCAGACUAGAUUCACUGCCUACUUAGCCCUGAAGAAGAAAAACGGUGAGUACCUCAUCAAUGGAAAAUACAUGAUCUCCACUUCAGAGACGAUCAUUGACAUCAACGGAACAGUCAUGAACUACAGUGGUUGGAGCCACAGGGAUGACUUCUUGCAUGGGAUGGGCUACUCAGGCACAAAGGAGAUUCUUAUAGUGCAGAUUCUUGCAACAGACCCAACUAAAGCAUUAGAUGUCCGUUACAGUUUUUUUGUUCCCAAGAAGUCGACGCAAAAAGUCAACUCUGUUACUAGCCAUGGCAGCAAUAAAGUGGGGUCACACACAUCACAGCUGCAGUGGGUGACGGGUCCGUGGCUAGCCUGUUCUAGAACCUGUGACACGGGCUGGCACACUAGGACGGUGCAGUGCCAGGAUGGAAACCGGAAGCUAGCCAAGGGAUGUCUUCUCUCUCAGAGGCCCUCUGCAUUUAAGCAGUGUUUGCUGAAGAAAUGUUAGCCUGUGGUUACGAGCUGGUGCACAAAGCCAACUGGAUAAUUCAUCACUGAUACCACCGUGAUGAACAAGAGGUCUACCUAAAACACAGAAAGUCAUGCUUCAGUGUCAUUGUCAACAGGAGUCAAUUUAUGGGCAGAAUCUGCUCUCUCCGGCCAAAUGAAGCUGGACACUGGUUCAUGUGACGAUGGUGACCUUGGCAUGUAAUAAGACUUGGGAGUUAUUGAAUCCCCUGGGCCUACAAGAAGGAGAGAAACACUGAUGAAUGUAGAAUCAGGGGACAUUUGAAGAUGGCAAGACAGUCUUCCCCUUGUCACCUACCUCUUACAGAAUGUCUUUUAAAGACAUGACGAUCAUUUUCACCCCUGAUACACAGUUAGCUUAUUUUUACUGUUUGUAAAUACAAUCUCCCUCGAUAUGUCACUUUAUAUCACUUGGUUCUAUUAAAAAAUUAUAUUUCUAUAAAAAAAAGUAUUUGACCAAAGUAGGUCUACAGCUAUUUCAACUCCUGACAGUUUCUAGAAAGAGCUGUGGAUGUUUACUGGAAAUUAAGAAAAUGCUGCUGUUUUAAUAAGAUUUAGUACACUUUCUGACUACAGGAGAUAAAAUUUUAGUCAAAUAUCAUUUUUGACAGCAGGCAUCUUCUGAGAAAUUCUCAAAAGAAAGAGGAUCUCUGUGUAUCUAAUCAUUUCAGUAUAUACACGGGUCCAUUUAUUUAAACCCAUUGACUGCCUGUAUUUUUUUCAGGCAGACAGCCAAAUUAAUGCCUAAUUAGGAUAUAGACCUAGUGUUUGCGUGUGUGUCUGUUUUCAGUAUUCAAGAGUAUACAAAUUAGUUUUCCUGUGUUAGAAUUUAAAAGUAAGAAAAUGACAUAUUUCACUGUGUUUUCGAUUUCUAUGUUCACGACUGCUUUCUCUUUCUGUGGCUCCCAUCUGAUAUCUCACAAUGUGUAAUAUACAUCCAAAACGCACAGCAAAGAGUUCUCUAUCACAUUUGACACCUUCAACACUGGUAUACCUCUUACCAGCAAGCCUUUAAAAUGUGUUUGUUUUUGCUUGUUUUGUUCAAGGGUUCUGUAAGACUUACAAUGUUUUGUACUUUUUGUUGACUUAGUUUAAUAGGAAUAUGAAAGAUCACUUGGCAGUGGGCCAUCUCUAGAAGUGGUCAUUAUUAAUAUUAAUAAGACUGUUUCCACACCACAGGCAAUAAUUCCUUAAAAAGUUAAAAAUAAAGUAUAUUGAUAUCGAGGAAACCCUGGUAGCGUAGUGGUUAAGUGCUACGGCUGCUAACCAAAGGGUCGGCAGUUUAAAUCCGCCAGGUGCUCCUUGGAAACUCUGCCGGGCAGUUCUACUCUCUCCUAUAGGGUCGCUGUGAGUCGGAAUUGACUCGACAGUGCUGGGUUUGGUUUUUGGUUUAUAUUGAUACCGUACUAAAAUGUUUCCCAACUGGAAAGGAUUCGGUUGUACCAGUAAGUGUUUGAGUCAUGAAAUGUGAUGAUUUUCCAGAAGUUUGUUACUUUAUUUCCAUAGCCUGUUUAGGUAGGUUGUAAGUUUGAAUAAAAAACCUGUUGCCUUCGAGUCAGUUCCAACUCACAGCGACCCUAUAGAACAGAGUAGAACUGACCGAUAGGGUUUCCAAGGAGCAGCUGGUGGAUUCAAACUGCUGACCUUUUGGUUAGCAGUUUUACCUAUUAACGACUGUACCACAAGGGCUCCAAGUUUGAAUGGACAUUGAAAAGUUGUUAGUGUCAUGCACAUAAAAACCUUUUUGUAGACAGUAAACUGCUUCCUCUCAUCCCAUAUUUCAGAAAAUUCAGGGUGUUUCAUUUCAUUUGGAACUUCUUCUUCCUUGUGAAAUAUUACAAAGCCACCUAUCUUUAUAAAAUUUUAUAAUAAUCAAACCAAAGGUGCCUCUCCUUAAAGAUUUUCAUAUGAGAGUGUUAGGGAACCCUUGUUUGAGUUCCAUUAAAGCUCUGAUAGUUUAUUUUUUAUUAUAAGAUGUUUUAAUAUAAAAAAAGUUAUGUAACUGAUUUUUCUAUAUCACAUUUAUUUUUGUGAGCCAGGAGAAUGGGAGUCUCACUGUUUUAAGUAUUUUCUAAAGAAGUUAUUUUGUAAAACAGUUGUUUUACACAACCAAUAACCAUGCUUUGGAUUUUCAUCAACUGACUUCACUGAAACAUGGUCUUUUUUUUCUUAAUAAAUUAUCAGUUAGAGAAAUAAGGCCUAUCUGAGACUACAAACCUACAUUUGAUGAGAGGUCACCAGUUACCAAGCACAGGGAGCAAAACAAAUCAGUUGGAAACAAACAAACAAACAAAACCAACCAAACCGAUCUCCCAGCCAUUUGGCUGUGCCAAGGAAAUUAACAGAGAGGCCAACAUUUACUUUUUUCUGUUUGGAAAAUAACCCUAAUCAAGUAACUUGCAUGUGACAAAAAUAUUUUUGGUGAUUAUAUUCACAGCAACAGUAAGAGGAUAAUUGGAGAGUCAAAGCUGUUCUGUCCUUCCCUACUUCCCAAUACUGUAUUCACAGGUUUCUAAAAUGAUUUCUCAGUGAUUCGUUAUUAUCUUUUUCUCUAAAAAUAGUGGUUUCGUGCUUCUCAUCGAAGCAACCCUAGAGAGCUUAGAACAAAGAAGCCACUAUUCCAUGCUUUUGAGGAGUUUUCUCUAGUUUUUUUUUUUUUUCCCCCUUUGUAAGUAUCAGUAGAUUGAAUGGACAAUGUAUGGCUAAACUCCUGAUAAAAAAUAAUAUAGGCUGAAAAUUGAAAUUCAGAGAAAAGGGGUGUUCAGUAGAUAAUAAAAAAAAAAAAAAAAAAGAUGAGCAAAGGCAAAAUUCUCUGUGACUCAAUCUAGUCCAACUCAUUUGAUUUUAAACUAUGCCUUCCCAUGCUUGCUUCUUGAAGUGAAAAAAAAAAAAAAUCUAGGAUUCAGGAUGCCUGGGACUGCUACUUCAAAAAGAAAAAAAAAUUUUUUUUUUUUGUGAAAAUACUCAGGUUGGUGAGAAUGUAAUCUCACUUAUAAAAAUAAACACUCCAGAGUAAGUUUCAUUAAGAAAAAAAAAAAAAAAAGGGAAUCCAAAACAAAACAGCAUAUAUUUCUUCCAGAAUAGAAAAGGUCAAAUUAGUUUAUUCAAUAAGGUCCACUUCCUUUGCCUUCCUGUGGAAACAGUUUUAUCUCAUUAAACUAAGAAUUAAGGGAUUCAUCACAAGCAAAAAUUUUAAAAAGUUGCAGCACUGAAAAAGAAAAAGUAAUUUAUUGUUUUUGCAACUGGUAUGUGAAUUUGUGUGAUAAAAUUAUUUAUUCUUAUUUAACAAAACUAUGUGCAAAUUCCUCUAUAUUUAAAGUGUUUUGCUGUUGUCCUGCUUUGUUAAUUUAUGCUUCAUGUUUGUGUAUAAAGUACACUUUGUGAGUUUACAUAAUAGACAGCACUGGUUGCUUUUGUAUUUUUUUUUUUUUAAAGAAAGCUUUCUUCUUCAUGAGACAAAUGUAUAUGUAUAUAUUCCACAUGUAUUCUCAUUCGGAUACUAUUGUUUUCCUGUCUAUGGAAAUUUCAAAUUUAAUCUUUUAUGACCAGCAGUUCCCAGUACUUGUUGUUAUGUUAAUAAGUCUGUUAAGUCCCAUUAGCACUAAUUUUUCUAAGUCACAGAUAAGGAAAAAAAAAAAAUGCUCUAGCAAACAAGGGCCAGGUUUUAAACUUUGAUAUAUAGAUAACCUAGAAGCUCCCCACAGAAGCCAAAACACAGGUAGGAAUCAGGCCCAUUUACUUCUCUGAUGAACUUGGACCAGGAGUGGUUUGAUGAAAGUUGUGUUGACAUAGCCUCUGAGUGAUGUAAAUGACAGCAAAACCAAAUUUUUUUCUUGCGGCUUUAGAAACACCCUUUAAAGUUAAUAUCAUUAGGUCUCUGAUGUUUGUAGAAAGCUACAGAAGACCUCAAACCAUUUGGAAUUAUAUGAUUCUAAUGCUAAAAGUAGUUGAAACUGUUUCAAUAGGUAUGUUUACUGAAAGGAGUGUGACUUUUUACCUCGACUAAUGAAUCUCCUGGGGGUGAUACUAGGACUCAGGGCAGGCAGGGGAAUCCCUGACCACAUCAGCUGGCCUCUGGCUAUGAUUUCUUAGUCUGGCUGGUCACAGCAAUAAGGCAGUUGUGGAAUCACACACCGUUGAUGGGUCAGUCUCUGGUUCUCCUGUUUGCUCAUUGACUCCAUCCUUGUUCACAACGCCGUUGUGAUGCUUUAGAUGAAGACAGCGGCCACAUUCAGAAGUCCAGGACUUACACUGUGACUUAAAGUUCACUAUUUGUGAAAUGACUGAAUUUAAUAAUGAGGGAAUUUUGUUAAUACCCUACGGAUGAGUGUGAAAUCUCUUUCAGCAUGAUUGGUGAAUAUUACUGAUCCAUUUAUAAUUAAACUUUAGGUCAUAAAAAAGCUUUAUUAUUUUUUUUUAAUUUCAAAGCCAUAAAGCCAUGAGAACAGAGGUGAUCAUCUAAAGAUGGUCAUCAUAAUAGAACCAAGUUCAAGGUGAUUUAUCUUUUAGACACACAGAAAAGAAAACUAGUUUGUUUUCUCUGUUAUCUUUCUCAUUUGCCAACAACUUGUAGUUUGUCAAACAGGUAGUUCGAUGUAACUGACGAGUCCACUAAAACAAUCUUCCUAAUAGCUGUGUUAGCAUGAAAUACAGAAAUGAUUUACCAAGUUUUAUCAUCACUUUAUAAUGUAUACACGUGUUCUACUCAAUCAAUGUAAGGUAACAUGUUGGUAUGCAAAACCAUGCAUUAGUCAGCCAAAAACUGAGAAUACAGACUGUGUUCAGAUCAGGAAAUAAUCCAACCUGACGAAUGGCUUUCUGGUCCUACGCAGGUUUUAUGGAAAAGACAAAGGGCUGUAUUAUUAGAAAAUGCUGGUUUUGAAAGAGAACAGGACUGAGACAUAGACUCUAGGUAGCCCAGUUGGCUGCACCCUACCAAUAUAGUAGCACUUUAGCAAUACACUUGCUGUUUGUGGUCCUUAUCUCAUGGCCCUGCCAACUAUCGAUCUGGACUGCCAUAAGUCAAAUGAAAAAAUAAAUAGUGGCCAUCAUCCUAGAAGGCACUGCCACAUCAGAGUGACCUGAAGUCCAACACUGUGAGGUAAACUGUGAUUUGUAAAUAAAGCAGGGCUUAUUUUUUUUUAAUUGCACAUCCGAAACAGUUAUAAUUAUUGAAGAGCUGCUAACAUCUUCAGUGAUCAACUAUCAAGUGUGGCAUUCUUGAAUUACUGAUUUUCUGCUUCAUGAUUUUGCAGUUUGCAAGAAAGAACUCUAAGCUUUCUGUCAAGACUAAAACCUGUUGCCAUUGAGUCUAUACCAACUCAUAGCGGCCCCAUAGGACAGAGUAGAACUGCCUCAUGGGGUUUCUGAGGAGCACCUGGUAGAUUCGAACUGCCAACCUUUUGGUUAGCAGCCAAGCUCUUAGCUACCAUGCCACCAGGGCUCCUCUGUCAACACUGGGCACAACUAAAUACUCAUCAUUUGGAAAAUAGGCACAACCAACAGUCUUUAUGAUCAAUAGGGGUCAGCGGUUAGUGACAUAAACUACAGGUACAUCUGAGCAUGCUUAAGGUGACAUCAAAACUUGAAGAGCAAAAAAAAAUUAACAAAAAAAUAACUCGAAGAGCAUCAGGCUGGGGUAGCAGCAUUUUAAAUGAGUCAGGUUCCAGGACUUACUAAGCCAUCAACAUUCCCUUCAAACAUUUGUGUCCAGCUUUUUUUUUUUUUGAGUUUUGCAGUGUUUUAUGUCCAUGUUGUUGUAGUUAGUUGCCAUCAAGUCGAUUCUGACUCAUGGCGACUCCAUGUCUACAGUAAGCACUUCACUGUUAUAACUUGGCCUUUUCUUUAACAAUCCCCAACAUAUUGGAAACAUUUCUACCUAUACUGAGAGUAUACUUAGGAUAGAAGAUCAUACUGUGUGUGACUUUGUGAGGCUAAACUUUUUGGUUAAGAAAUAUAUAUUCUCUUGGGGCGGUAUUUUUGCAUUACCUGCUCAGACAUGGCAUACACGUUGUUGGCUCACCUUACUACAGUUAGGGUUUGGCAAAUACUGCUAACAUUUCAGUGCAAUGUAUCAGUCAGAGAACAUCAUCCCUGUGCUUUGUAAAUAAUAGACUUCACAGACAACUAAACAGAAAUCAGAAAUGUUCAGUUUGGCGUAAGCAGUGGCACCAACAUUUGAUUGCUAUGUGAGACCUUGAGUAAAAAUCAGGUAAUAAAACUAACAAGGUUUAACUGGAAUUUUUCAAUCUUGAAAAGUGCUUUCAAGGUGGAGUACAAUAUUGGCCACGUACAGACUGGAAGUAAGAAGAAAAAUGUAAGCUGGCUAUGACCGUCAGUUUUCAGGAGAGAUGGCAUUUUUCAGUAAACACGAUGCAAUGGGAAGACCAAAAAUCUUGGAAAACUAAGGCGGGUCUUGUUUAAAUUGUCUCUCUAGCUUUGUUAAAUGUCAAACCUGAAUUAACUGUUCCAAGCAUCACUGUGUCCUGCAGCCUGCAUUCCACAACAGCUCUGUUAUUCAGGUAAACUACUUGACUGAGCCAUUGGGGACCUAGAUUGUAACCUUCUUUCACUGAGGAACAAUAUCCUGUUUUGUAAAGCAUUUCCCUCUGUAUGACUUUAAACUGUAAAAUUAAACAUUGGUUUUGUGGCUUCAGUGGGCAUAAUAAAUAUCAAUUGUAAACUA